AUGAGAGGGAAUGAAGAUGUUACUGCUGGAGCAAAGAACUCCUUUGAAAAUUUGGUACAUAUAGCUAGCAACAUGUCACAAGAAUUUCAAAGAUUGAAACAAGAUGAUAGCAUCGAAUCAAGACAGUCACCACAUCAAACCCAAGGUCACACAUUAGAUCAUCAGUCACAAUCACCCACUCCAUCAAUAAACUCAACGGGAUACGCCAAGGAAUCGGGCUCAAAUACGCCUUCCAAUGCGGAUAAUUCACCCACACACCAACUGCAGUCCCAGGCUCAGAAGCAUGGCAGAGCUAAAAGAAUGGCAUGCGUUGAGUGUAGGCAACAGAAGUCGAGGUGUGAUGCCCACGAGAGGCAUCCUGAGCCCUGCACUCGAUGUGCGAAAAAGCAUUUGAAAUGUGACUUGAAAUCGGAUUAUAAAAGAACGUACAAGAGAGCGAGGAUAGCCCAAAUUGAGAAGGAGUUUAUGGAGUUGAAGAAGACGCUAAAUACGGCACAAGCUGCCGAACUUCUUUCACGAUUUCCUUCGUUAGAACAUGGAGACCAUACGGAAAGCAAUGUCAAGAGAGAGAGUAAUUUACCAGACCACAACAACAUGGAUGCCGCAUUUUCAAGUGGUGGAGACAUUUGUAAUACAAGUCCAGCCCCGGUGCAAACCCAACCUCCUGAGACCAUACCGCCUGUUCAUCCUCAAAGUUUAAACGUACGUAAUGUGGCUAUUCACAAUGAGCCGCAGACGUGCCACCAAAAUACACAUGCUGGCACUGUCGAUUCUCAUUUGGGCAACCCUAGUCUGACAUAUGAUGCCAAACUCACCAACAGCAACAACUUUAGGCUACCACAGGAUCUAAGGCUUUCUGAAGAAGUGUUACAUUGUGAAGACAAGUCCGUUGAGUCUAUUACCCUAACCUCAAGCACAAUUAAAGAGCUUUUCAUGGAAUAUGUCUUACAAUACCAUCCGAUUUUUCCAGUAGUUGACGUCACUAAAGGACCUGAAAGGAUAUACAGACUAUGUCCACCUUUGUUCUGGGUUAUCAUAUUUGUCUCCUUGAGAAGAUUCAAAGAAGGGUUUUCCAAAACUUUGUUGAUUCAGUUGUCGCCCAUAGUUAAAGGUAUUCUUGCAGAAAUUAUGAUAUCACCGAUUACGAGGUACAACCCCACUGAGGAAGACGAACCUAUUUAUAACGUUAGUUCAGUGUACUCGGUUCAAGCCUUUUUGUUGUACUCUUAUUGGCCUCCGAUUACGUCGUCACUUAGUGCAGAUUCAUCUUAUAGCACCGUCAGUACUGGAUUCUUUCAGGCAAUACGAAUCGGCUUGCAUGCUCCGUCGUCAUUUACCAAUGGAAAGAAUUCAGAUUCACAGCCAGAAAGCAGGGUGGCACAGCAGCAAAACAUGCUUCAAGAACAAAUCAAGACUUGGAUAGCGACAAAUGCAUCGUCUCAGUUUAUUGCCACUGCUUUUGGGUAUCCUGCAUGUGUUCAGUUUGACUCUUCUAUCUGGUUUUAUAGCCGCCCGGAUAGUGGUGUCCAAAUCCCCGAAGAUAUUAAGUCCAUGUUGUUAAUUGCACAAUUCGAGGAUCAAAUGGCUAGGUCACUCAAUUCCAACCCCAUGGACCCUUGUGGGCUAAGUGAUGCUAAUGAGAGAGCUUCUUUAUUGAAGCUACUCGCAAAAAGAAUAGAUGAAUUGGAAGUGAUCAUUUCCCAUUCAACCCUGCAUGAUGCAUUCAAAUUUAGAAUGUUUGAAGUCCUAGCUUCUAAAGUGCACCUAUUUAGCUACUACUUUAUGGACUCUUCCAAAAUCCCAGAAUUUGAACUAAAGACUGGUUUGAUUAAACUUUAUAAUGCUGCAACCAGAUUGGUUUCGUUUACUCAGAAUUGCCAAUCCGAAGACAGAAAGUUUAUAAAAUACCUCCCAGGGGUGUAUCUACUCAAUCUUUGGCAAGCUGCAUGUAUUAUUGGGAAGUUGGUUCAUUCUAGCUUAAAAAAUGUGAUUGACGUUGCCGUAGGGAAACAGAGUUACGAAGCGGUUGUCAGCUUGACGGCCAGAGCGUCCAUACUUAAACAUGAUAUGGCUUUUCGCUCGAGCGGUAUCACAAGGAACAUGUGGCAGCUUUUUCGUCAAUUGGACAGCCAAAACUUGAACACGUUAAGCAUCAAUAUAAGAAAUAGAAUGGCGGCGUCGGUGUUUUUCGAUUGUUUGAAUUUGAUCAGAGAAAAGGCGGGUAUGACAAACUUGAGAGUACGGACCGAUGACAGGAACCCGGUUCAAGAUGCAAACAUAGAUCUUGAGGACGGGGCAGAGGAGAAUUUGCAUAAGGAAGAGGACCUGGACACCGAAGCGGGGAAAGCCUCCCCCAACAGCACACGCAAAGACAAACGGUCUUUAUCCAAUGAGGCAGAUGCAGAACAGAAGGCUAGGAAAAUCAUACGAACAAUACCUUUAGAUCCAGAGCCAAUUUCUGCUGGAGCAACAAAGAGGAGCUCCAUAUUCAAAGUGGUGAACUCUUCUGCAGAGUCCACGCCGGUGAUGAAGGCUGACGUCAACACUCCAAACGCAAAUAAAUACCAGCAAACACACCCUCUUUCAGCAGAUUCCCAUCUGAUGCAUGGUGCUCAAAAUAGUGCGAUGAGAAGUCAGGAAAACAUAGCAACUACGCCGUCAUUUUCACAACCCAUACAUUUCCUGAAUCAACAGGGAGAUCAUCCCCAUACCGAAUAUCAGCCAUUUGCUUCCAACGCUUCUUACCACCAGCCACAGUCAACCUCAACUUAUAAUGACUCUCCACUACAACUGGGAUUAGAAAGCUUAGACUUGGACAGGUUUGAUAGUGAUAUGUUGUGGAGAGAUGUAGACAGUGUUAUGAAUGAUUUUGGAUUCCACAUGGGAUAA